AUGGCUUCCGCGGACGCGUGUUCGGGCGCUAGUGUGGCUUUUUCGGAAUAUUACGACGGUCUUACCGGUCCAGCGAAGACGAGAUAUCGUGAAAAGGUUCUUACGUGUGGAUUUGAUCCAUACAUGUUAAAAAAAUCGGAGUGUAGCGAGGAUUUAGCGGAUUACCCUAGCGUGGAAUAUCCUGACAUCGUCAACUAUUUGGUGCUACAGACCUCGUGGAUUACUGGGCAGCAAAUGAAAGCUUACAAGUCUAUGGACGCUUACAACUUCUUCGUUUCAGGGUGGGUAAAUACAAUUUUUACCAAACCAGUGGCUGGAACCGACAAAGUAGUUGUUACAGCGAGAGUAAAUCACUCACAACGAGCGAGAGAGACGCCUCUGAAGACAUGGCUCCUUGCUGAAAAGGAUGGAAACGUGUGCAUGGCGCACUGUAACUGCAUGGCAGGACUUUGCGAGGCCUGCUCACACGUUGGGGCCCUUCUUUUUGCCAUAGAAGCUGGCGUUAGAAUGCGAGAGUCUGUUACAUGUACGCAGGAAAAAAGCAGGUGGAUAAUGCCUUCGUAUGUGAAGGAAAUUCCAUACAUUCCUGUCUGUGAAAUGGAUCUUUCCUCUGCCAAGAAACGGCAUAGUACUUUGGGUGAACAGGGAUCUGCUACCCCAGACCCCAGCGAGAGGAGAAAUGUCCAAGCAACCACAGCAGAAGAAGAGGCCAACUUUUUCGAAAGAAUUUCAAACUGUGGGAUCAAACCGGCCAUUCUAUCCAUUGUUGCACCUUAUAAUGCUACUUUUGUACCUGUUGAGAACAAAACAAUGCCAAAGCCAUUAACAGAGCUGUUCAAUGAAGAGAAUCUGGGAGACACCUUGCAGGAGUUACAGCAAAAGUUUGAAACAGCUUUUAAUGAGCUUAAGAUAAGUGUCAAAGAAGCAGAAACUGUUGAGGAAGCAACAAGAGACCAGGCAGACAGCAAAGUGUGGUUUGAGCAAAGAGCGGGGCGAGUGACUGCUUCAAAGUUUAAAGCUGCUUGCUCAACCAAUCCCGACAAGCCAUCAAAAAGCCUGAUUAAGAUGAUUUGUUACCCUGGUGCUCAUCGCUUCUCAAAUGCAGCAACAAAAUGGGGCAUAUCAAAUGAGAGCAAAGCACGAGAAGCAUACGAGCUUUCAAUUGCAGAUCAGCACCUCAAUUUGUCUGUAGCGGACAGUGAGCUACACAUAAACGAGAACUGGCCCUUUUUAGGUGCUUCACCUGAUGGUCUUGUUUUUUGUGAGUGCUGCGGAAAAGGACUCUGUGAAAUUAAAUGUCCUUACAAGUACAAGGAUGCCAUGCUGGUUACUGCUGCAGCAGACAGCAGUUUCUGUCUGAAAUAUGAUGACAAUGGGGUUGAUUUGUGCUUGGACACUGUUCAUCCUUAUUACUACCAAGUACAGUGCCAAUUGUUUGUAACCGGAGUGGAGUACUGUGAUUUUGUUGUCUGGACUACAAAGGACAUGUUUGUUCAGCGAGUGUUGCCUGACACUGAGUUUUGGGACAGAGUGUUGACAAGGGCAAUACUCUUCUACAAGAAAGGAGUUCUCCCAGAGAUUUUAGGGCAAUGGUACACACGUUCUAGUGCUCAGCCUCAUCUCACUGAAUCACCAUCAACAGACAGCGAUGAAGAUGGACCCUGGUGCUUCUGCCAACAGCACAUUGAGGACAGCCAACUAAUUGGGUGUGAGAAGGCUGCCUGCAAAAUCCAGUGGUUUCACAUGUCAUGUGUGGGACUUACAACAGAGCCUGAUGGUGAAUGGUUUUGCCCCUCCUGUGUGUAA